UCUGAUUCGCCAACAGAAGGCUGUGAAGACCAAGCGUCCUUCACCACCCUCCAGAAACAGUAUAAAACCAAGCUCUGCUCUUUCAUCUUAAUGCAUCUGAACGGCUGACACAGAUCCAAGGACUGUUCCAACCUAGAGCUUCCUCUUACCUGUGACGGGAGUUCCCAAUCCACCCUCUGCCAUGAAAAUCUUUUGCUUUCUCUUUGCUCUCCUCUUGGUGAUAUUUCACGGAGCUGCAGGCACAGGCUUUGCACGACCUCGAAGACCUUUUUUGAGAUGUGGGUAUCGUGGGACUUUCUGCAUCCCUGGGAUGUGCCCUCAUGGCAACGCUUAUCUGGGGGUGUGCCGUUCAGGUUAUUCUUGCUGUAAAUGGUAA